GAAGCACAAGCAAGCCAGGUUGAGUUUCGCUGGCCUCUUAAUAAGUUCGCUUGUCAUCAGCAGUUCAGUGCAAAACAGAACGGUUUCUCGGCUUUAUUGUCAAGAAAUUUCAUCUCCUGUCACGAAGUUGAAGUGUUUGUGAUUUUUUAUAUUCCCUCCAGCUCGGUCCUGGAGUUUCUCCGAUCCAUUUCGGAGUGUCAGAACAUAUGGGAGUACAGUCAGCUCCUUAGGUAUAAUAAGUGUCGCUGAGCUGGUGUGCCAAGCAUCCAGAAAAAAAAAUACAAACAAGUCACCAGUGUGUUGAGAUCCGCCACUGCAAGUGAGACAGAAAAAACGUGUUUCUUUAAGAAACACGAAUCGCCUGGCGCCGUGGCGAAAAGAGAGGUGGUUGACACAGAAACAAAGUACAGGCAGACUCGAAAAAGUUGUAACUACGUAGUUAAAAAGUGAUAUACUUAUUUUGUGUAAACGGUGAUUAUUUACGAAACAUUCUGUAGACAAGAAAUCAAAAAAAAUUUGACUGUAAAAUCAUCCGUGCUGGACACCUGGUGGAAACUGGAGAUUUGCGCUACGCACAUAAUAAACUGCUGUGGUAGCUAGCAACUGGAACACGAUGGUGGCAUCCACAGAAGACCACUCAACAAUCAACACCAACCACAACACCACGACGACGCAGAACAACACAAACAAAGAGCCGACAGACGAGAAGCAAGACGAUGUAGCUGUGUACACGGUCUCCGUCGGCGGAGGAUACGCGAACGAGGCGUUUAAGGAUGACGGGGACGUCACGGGAGACGGUCGGGGAAAUUCGUUAACGAAACCUCCCCCGCUUCCACCCGGAGGCGGCGACGAGGAGGGAAACAUAGGCGCCGAUGGGAAGUUUCGAUUGUCUCGUCGUGAAAAGUGGAGAAUUCUCAAGAACAUCGCAGCUGUCAGUCUUGCCUUCAUGGUGCAGUUUACUGCAUUCCAAGGCACGGCCAAUCUACAGAGUUCCAUCAACGCGCAGGAAGGACUUGGCACAGUGUCUCUGUCCGCCAUCUACGCAGCCCUCGUUGUGUCCUGCAUCUUCGUGCCCACGUUCCUCAUUAAGAGGCUAACAGUAAAGUGGACUCUGUGUUUCUCCAUGCUCAUGUAUGCUCCGUACAUCGGGGCGCAGUUUUUUCCGAGGUUCUACACCCUGGUACCUGCUGGAGUCAUCCUCGGUUUGGGCGCCGCUCCUAUGUGGGCUUCUAAAGCCACGUAUCUCACCCAAGUCGGCGGCGUCUAUGCAAAGUUGACGGACCAGGCGGUCGACGCCAUUGUCGUCCGAUUCUUCGGAUUCUUCUUCCUUGCGUGGCAAACUGCUGAGCUGUGGGGAAAUCUCAUCUCUUCCUUGGUGCUGUCAUCUGGGGAGGGAGGCGGAGGAUCAGCGAACACGUCGCAGUCGGAAGCAUUCUUCGACACGUGCGGCUCUAACUUUUGCAUGACGACGAACCCCGGAAACGAGAACCUGGAACGACCCCCGGACUCCGAGAUCUACGAAAUCAGCAGCAUCUACUUGUGCUGCGUGGUCGUCGCGACUGGAAUGGUGGCGCUGUUCGUCGACCCACUUUUCAGAUAUGGCGAAAAACAAAGGCGAUCGGACAGCAGCGAACUCACUGGAAUACAAUUGCUGUCAGCUACAGCGUACCAACUGAAGAAGCCAAACCAACAGCUGCUCAUUCCAAUAACCGUGUGGAUUGGCAUGGAACAAGCUUUCAUUGGGGCUGACUUCACUCAGGCGUACGUAUCAUGCGCCCUGGGUAUACACAACGUAGGUUACGUCAUGAUUUGCUUCGGCGUGGUGAAUGCCAUCUGCUCGGUUGUGUUCGGUUCCGUCAUGAAAUUCAUCGGCCGGGUACCGCUGAUGGUCCUCGGCGUCGUGGUUCACGCAUGCCUGGUGGUCGUCUUGCUCUUCUGGAGGCCCCAUCCAAGUUCGCCUCUCGUAUUCUUCGCCAUUUCUGGCCUGUGGGGUGUAGGAGAUGCCGUGUGGCAGACGCAAGUGAACGGGAUCUACGGGACGCUGUUCCGCAGAAACAAGGAGGCUGCGUUCAGUAACUACCGACUGUGGGAGUCGGCAGGUUUCGUCAUUGCUUACGCAUACAGCACGCAUUUGUGCGCACGCAUGAAGCUGUACGUGAUGCUGGCAGUCCUGGUGGUCGGGUUCGCGGGCUACAUCGUCGUCGAGGUCCUGCACAAGAGAAAGGCUGUGCGCAGGAAGCAGUUGGCAGAGGAUCCUAAGGCAGCGGCCGCCGCCGCCGCUGAGCUAGCCAGACAGAACAAGACCGAGGAAACAGACGACGAGAAGGAUGACAUUGACGAUGACAUCAUCAUCACCCAUCUUUAAUGACGCUCGCAGUCCCACAACCGUGAUUUGUUUUUUAAAUUCAGAAGUAACGGAAAUGAUUUGAACAGCGAGAUCUUGAGCGAGUGCUGGACCGUUACAAACACUUCUUGUCAUUCUGAACGAGGGUAGAGUUCCUACAUUACGUCUUACCGCUUUGCAGUGUGUAGAAGAUGGUGGAAUUCGGAUCACCGAGUGUUCGAACAGAGAUCUUGUGGUUGCCGUUGAGAAGAUUUGAAAAGGCAUCAGCACACGACGUGCAAACGCGGAAGUUUGUCUGUCUGUCUGUCCGUCCGUCCGUCCGUCCGUCUGUCUGGCCUUCAGGUGAACCGGUUUCGCUGGCCGAGCUGAAGACAUAGGCCUAUCGUUGUUUGGAUGGUUGCCGUUCAACCAGGAGAAACACGUUCCGAGUCCAAUGGCCUCCUCAAGAAGCAGACAUACAUAUAUCGAACAAAAUAUCACACUCCCAGGUGGAGAGAGAGAGAGAGAGAGAGAGAACAAAAAACAAUGAGCAGGUCAGGUUAAAGUCAUCCCUGCAUAUCAGGUAGUGAAAUGCGAUGUACCAAAUAUACUCCACUGUAAAUCGGGGCGCCUGACUCUGGCACACAGAUUACUCACAGUAACAGUAGCAGUAGCAGUUUGCUGCUGUUUACGGCGUGGAGCUUGUGUGCGAGAUUCAUCUUUCCCACUUUUUUCUUAAUUUCUUUUUUUUUUUUGGGCAAGACACUGGAAUUGUUAGAAUGCCUCCCAGCCCCAACCAAAGCUCAAAUUUAGCAAAAACAUUCCCUCAGACGUGGAAGUAUACCCACAGAUUUUUUUUCCUCUGUAACUUCGCUUUUCACUUUAGUAUGGAUCGAGGCCUUGCCAAAUUCUGUUGUUUUUCUAUCCCGGGUUGCACGCCUGGACUAGUCAGAUAACAGUAUAUAUUUUUUUAUAUAUGAACUUGUUACGCGACGCUAAGAACUUCUACAGAUGCUCAGCAUCGUAAUAAAGUCGAUGUAGUGAGAUUAUCCUAAUUUCUCCGGACUGGUAAAUGGUAAGGGUCAAUUGUAACAUUUGAGAUUGUGAAAUGUUUUAAUAAUAGAUUUUUUUUAUAUAUAUAAACCGAUUAAUAUUUCAAAAGUUCCUUGCAACUUUCUAUGAUUUAACUGUAAUUGAUUCAAGGUCACUAUCAUUCUCUGGCUAAGACAAGCUCCAAGGUCACGUGUUUUGAACUAGAAGUAUCUUCCCUUAUCUUCUAACUAAAUAUAGUACAAAGAAUAUUUAAUGACUGAUUCCUCUUGUUAUUAAGUGAUCACUUCUCAUGCCAGAAGUUCAUUCACAAACUUACUGAGAUUUAAUGGAUAAGUAAGAAGAUAAUUACGAAAGAAAAUUAGAAAAACUUUAAUUUAUUUAUUAUCCUGACCAUCUACUACGUACAGUUCUUACGUAUGGUAGGAGAUUGAGCUGACUGGAAGUGGGUUCAAAUCCCGGUGACUAGUUAUGGGAUACUUUGUUACAGGCUCGGCUUCACACCUGCCAUGCCGAAGACACGUGGCAUAAAGUUGCUUUUUAAUUUAUAAAACUUCAUGAAAAUAAUAUUGCCUUAAUUACUCGUUACUUCUGAACGACCAAAUUGUGAAACUUGUGCCAUUAGUUAAUACGGGACCCAGUUUUAUGCGAAAACGCAAGAAUAUUAAUUGUUAUUUCACGUGUAAUAUUUAAUUACUUUCGGGAAAAAAAUCAGAUCUUAUUAGAAUUUAAAGUUCAUUUUCGUAAAUUAGAUUGUCUGGCCCAAUCACAGUUUUCAAAUGUGAUUUAUGUUCUAAAUCGAAAAUAAAUAGACUAAACGUCCUGGUAUUCACCAGUUGAUAAGAUAAUUCUCUCCCCCACAAAUAAUUUCUUUGUCUUUUAAAGCCCAUGCACUAAGCAAGCGGCCUAAUUCUUAAGCGCCCUCUGUGAUCCUACAUCAGCGCACGUGAAUGAGCAACAUGGAUGGUGGAAUGCCUGAAGAAACUCGCGAGUUAUAUAUGAAACGUUGUGUCAUUUUAAGGAGGCGAUGUUUGAAUGUGAACGAACAGGAUGUCUGCCUCACAAAUGGGCAGGGAGACAGAGGAGCCCUCAGAAUAAACUAUUAUAAUAUUUCCCUUAUAUGUGUGAUCAGCCCUGACCUUUUAUUACAAGCAACCAAAAAAGGCGUCCUUAAAAUUACAAAGUCAUGGCACUGGUGAUCUGGUGAUUUUAAGGUUUAGAUGUUCGUUGCAGAUGUGUAUAAACAUAUAAUUAUUAUAUAAGGUGAUUGAUAGAACAUUAUACCCACAUUCUGAAAUCAUUAUUUAUACGUUAACUAGUGAAGUACAUGAAUGUUAUUUGUGAUUACUAAGAAAAUCAGCGCUGCUGGCGUCAAACAAAUACUUGAUUUUACACUGCUAGAGUUCCUAGUUUUCUGUUCAGACAUGCUGAUUAUUAAGGACGCUAGAUUAGAAGAGAUCUUCUGACAUGGAUUGUUUCGGUAAAUUUAAUUUGCCGAAUUUUAGUAGAAAUGGAUUGUAUUAUUUACUCAUAAUAAUAGACCGUAUAGAAUACAGCAUACUUAUAAACAUAAGACCCAGUGCAUUCACAUGCUUAGGGAAACACUUGUCUGGAAUCAAGCUUAAGCAGUUGAUAUGAUUGUAGUUGAUGUGUGUGCGUGUGUGAUGGGCGGACAGGGGCACUAGAAAAUUACUUAACAGCAAGAUUAAAUAUCACAGCUCCAAGUCCUGACAGUUUUAAUUCAGCUUAAAAAUAUUAUAAAUUGUUCGGGACACUGCAAUGAAAUUAUAUUCGAUUUAUAAAAUACGCAAAUACAAGAAUCCUCUUUUUAAUCUCGUAUCUAUGCACAUCUACUGAAGAACCUUCCGAAAUCAAAUGGUGAUUACAUUAAGUAAAUAAUUGUCCAAGACGAUAAGAGCUCUUAUGAAUGUUCUGGUUAAGUUUCAGCCGUAUUCAUUCAAUAAAAAUAAGAAUUUUUUAAAUGUUAAAAAUCACGGUUCUAGUGCACGAAAAUUAUUUUUCUAUUACGAAAGUCCACAAGAGACAAAUACACUUAAGCGAAACACAUGGAUUCCUGAUGAAAUUUCUUCCACGCUAUUGGUUCGUUCCUAAAAUAACUAAUUCACAACGAUGACCGAGAUAAAAUACCAGAGAUGCAAUUAGCAUCACAGGCCAAAAAAGGGCCUCAAUUUUAAAUACCAAAAGUUCAAUUUCAUGACGGAUUGAAAGGCGUGUAACAAAAGCUUUCUACAUUAUAAACACCAGAGGUAAACCGUAAAAUGAUUUGUGUCUAGCUUUAACGUUCAGGGCUUCCAUAUUGAAAAUAUGGCCGACGAAGAACCACAAACCUUGCACUGGAAUAGUGUUCUAGUGUCCUGAUGCUCACUAGAUUCUGUAAUGUUCAUUAUUAAUACUUCCGUUGUCCCACUUACGCACACAAGACUUCAUAGUCGGAAGAGACGGAAAAUUUAAUUAACUCUUAAAUGAAACACCAAACAAAAAACCAAAAUAAAUGCUUGUUUCAGACAACAAAGGA